AUGGGUCAGGAGUUGAACAAAACUGGCCGUCCUAUUGUUUAUUCAUGCUCCUGGCCAGCUUAUUUAUUAUUUAGUCAUCAACAGAAGGAUAUUAAUUACACAUUAAUUGGGGAAAAUUGUAACCUAUGGAGAAAUUUUGAUGAUAUUGAGCGUUCGUGGACUUCAAUUUUAAAAACUAUCGAUUUCUAUAUCAAAUAUCAAGAUAUUUAUCGAAAGGCUCAAGGACCAGGGCGUUGGAAUGACCCAGACAUGAUUAUUGUUGGCAACACAGAAAUAACAUUAGCACAAUCACGCGUACAAAUGGCUAUUUGGGCAAUAUGGUCAGCACCUUUAAUAAUGUCAAACGAUCUGAGAACGUUAUUGCCUGAACAUCGUGAAAUCUUGUUAAAUCCAAGAAUUAUAGCUGUUGACCAAGACCCUUUGGGAAUUUUUGGAAGGAUGGUUUACAACGAAAAAUCAGUUUAUGCUUUUGUGAAGGAAAUGACACCUGCAAUACCCUCUCGCAAUUUAUAUUCGUAUGCUGUCGCUGUACUUAAUUAUGGGACGAAACCAGUGGUAAGUUAA